AUGCGAUUAAAGAAGCAAUCACUGCCUGAAGGAGCUUAUGGAGCAGAAGAGAAGCUCACCGAUGGCCAUCAUCCUAGCUACAUUGAAGAUACAGCUCGAACAACUCCCGUGGACCAGUUCAAGAAGGUAGUUCAACCAAAAAUAGUGGCUCCAAGGCCAGUUACUCGAGGACCUGUUCCGAAAUUUCAGCCACAAGCAAGAAUGAUGACAACUCGAUUGCCACCUCUACCCCUUGCAAAACCGCAGGCUGUUGUCAUUCCAGCAAAAAGCAUUCCUCCUCCAAGCAGUGUUGCUAAGCUUACGGGAAUGUUCCUUGGAACCGAUCCUUGUCCACAGUCAUACGGUCUCGAUCUCUUGCAAUGUGCCGCACAAAACGAUGAUCACACAACCUGUUGCCGCGAGCGAGGAGUUCAUAAAACGUCAGCGGGAGACAAGUGCCUUGGUUUUUGCAAUAUGCGGCCUGGUGUCAACUUCCAGGUGAGGGAAGCUACGACUGUGUUUCUGAUUGAGUUUAUUCUUCUUUCGAUGUAAAA